CUACCUCUACUGCUGCAUCCUCAUCUCGGUGAACUUCGACGCCCGCCAUGCAGGUCACGUGCUGACACGACGACCGCAAUCGGCAUUUGCCGGAACUUCCGCCGCAAGGUGUGCGCGCGAUGUGCGCAGAGAAGAGCACUUUUUCUCUCCGGAACCACGACGAGGAGUGGUUGGAAGAUACAUCCUUCACAUCGCACAUCGUCUUUUUCCCAUUUUCGCUGAUUUUUUCGACGGUAUUCGGUCAUGUCUUGCGUUUCCACACUUCCUCCACCACCUCCAGACUCCAGAUCGCAGCGAAGGACGGCGGGAAGGACGACGGGCGGAUGUCGAUGGGGAGAGGGCGCGGGCGAAGUGGGGGACAACAAUGACAAAUAGUGGCUGUGCACCCACGCUUUGACCGCUUCACGCCUUGGCAAACAAAGCUCAGGACUGAGCCCGACGGCGAGCACAAAG